AUUUAAAGUGAUGCAUUGUUGGAUCGUUGUUCUUGUGUUUUGGCAAGUUUUUAUUAGGAUUAUUGAUCUAUAAACAUUUUAUCAACAUUUAAUAGGGAACUUAUUUUGAUUUAGUGUAUAAAACUAAUAUUAUUACUAGGCUCUACUAUAUUUUCAACUUUCAAAUUUGAAGAUAAAGUAUAAUUUUUCUUACAAACAUAGUUAUAUUUAAGAAAUAUAUCAUAAUAAUUGGCUUUAAACUAUUACUAUGUCAUAUGAAAUGUAAUGACUUUAAGAAAUUCAUGUGAUUGAUAGGAAAUUGCAAGGGAAUAAAGUAUAACGUACCAGUACCAUAUUCCUUCAUUAUGCCCUGUGAAAUAGUUGGACUGUUAUGUUUGAUUUUUUCUGCAUUUUAAAAGUAUAUUUUACAUUUGUUUUUAGUUUGGAACUAACAAUGAUAAAUCACACCAGUGUUUUGUGGGGUUACAGGCAGUUAUGAUCUCAUCUUACUAUUAAAACAUAUAAUAUUUGUUAACAAAGAUUCUUCCGAUUGAUACAUCUACAAACUAAUGCAUCACUACUAAAUCUCCUAUUUUGAAUAUCAAGUUUUGCAUAAAAAGAAUUUAAGUCCAUAUAUGAAGAGGAUAAGUGAAGUAAAACUGUUUAAUGGUUGUGUAAUAUUUAUAACAUUUGUUUCAGGGCCAGCAGUGGAGUAGCCAACUUCAGCAGGAAUGAUAGACAGAGUUCUAUUAACAAGAAACGGACAGUGCGGUACCAGGAGUACACGCCUCUGGGAAGGUCGAUAAUGCAGGGAACUGUGAAUCUUCCACCCUAUUUUUCGUUUCGGGUGAUGUCCUACAACAUCCUAGCGGACACACAUAUGGCCACAUACAUGGACAACUACAAAAAAUGUCCUCCUGUGUGUCUCAGUUGGGAGAACAGAAAGAAAACACUCUUCCAUGAGAUUUUGGCUGAGACACCAGACAUCUCCUGCUUGCAGGAAGUAGAAGAUGCUCAAAAGGAGGACCUAUUUGAACCCUUUAGGACAAAGGGUUACGAUGUCCUGUAUGUUGGCCGUGGCGGGGAUAGGCCAGAUGGCUGUGCGGUGAUGUAUAGGACAAGUGAAUUCCGGGUUGUAGAUUUUACCCCUAUUCACUACCAGCGUCCAGAGGUAGGUCUCUUGGACCGCCCAAACGUGGGCAUGGUAGUGAAAUUUGAGGUGAGACGGCACCCGGGUCACUUUGUGGUGGUGGCUAACACCCACCUCCUAUACAAUCCACGCCGCAUGGACAUCAAGCUCUGUCAGCUAACCAUCCUGCUGGCAGAGACAGAGCGGAUGGCCUCCUGUGGUCCUAACAAAUAUCACCCCGUGAUUCUUGCUGGAGACCUGAACGCUCGGGCGGACUCGGGCCUGAUUUCUCUGCUGAGGAACGGGUCUGUGGACUGCCGUGACGUAGUUCCGGGUCACUGGCGCAAUGUUAGGAUUACAGACAGAGAGACACUGUCAGUGCCCAUCGGUCUGCUCGGCAAGUAUCUGAAUAUUUCGGAUACAUGCCAGUAUACUGAUGUGGUUGCUGCCAGGGCACAAGGGUUGGAGGAUCCCAGGAAAACUCAGGGUCUCGAGGAACUCCUCGAGAAGCUUCGGGUUUGCUCUGACAUCAGCCUGGGGUCUGCCUGCAAUGCCAGUCUCUCUCAAGUCGUAACAUCCCCGCCAAAGAAUGAAAACGAAUAUAGGGUGGUAAGAAAUUACAUCGCCCCUCACCUUAGGAGCUCUUCGUGGUGCUUGAGGCAUCCCUUCCACUUCAUGGAUGUCUACCAGAAUCCUAUCACUGGUAGACAUGGGAGCCUCAGACAGGGCAAUCAGAAGCAGCUAUUUGUCAAAGAUUACAUAUUUUACAGUAUGAACUCCAGCCCUAAUCAGCUGAUGUUGGUGUCUCGGCUGAGGCUACCAACAUUCACUGAGUAUAAAUCCUCUUUCCCUUACCUACCCAACCAUGCCUGUGGGUCAGACCACCUCCCACUUACCUCAACCUUUAUCCUUCCUAUCCGAUAGUUUCCCUCACCUUCCUCCAACCUUGGUAUCCCCUCACUGUAGCAUUAUGUAGUCUUCAACAUCUGCUCCUGCAUGUCCAGAGUACCGAAGAGCUUCUUUAAACGUGGAGUUUACCCGAACUAAAAUCCUGGUGCCAACUGUAAGCCAAUUCUCUCCCUGAUCUGCGACAAUCCUGCUGAAGUUAAUGAAGGAUCCAGUCCACGUCAUCAGUUGUUUUGGCUGAGACAUAACACCUUGUAGCCUAAGUUGACAGUUUUAUAUACCUAUAGUUGUAAUCUUGUUUCUUACUGUUAUGCUAUUUAAUUUUCAUUACCUCUAUGACAACUCCAGUAUCUAGUAUAAGUAAAUUAAUAAUAGACUGUAUAUAUGUUUACUGUUAAGUUUAUUGUUUUAUCUAGAUAGUAAGUAGUAAGUUAUAUGUUAUCUAUAAGUAAUAAUGUAUUUUUAAACAGUCUUUAAAAGAGAAACUUAAAUAGUAGAUAUAUUUAUGUAAUUAUUUUUAUAUGUAAGUUGAAAAAUUAAGUAACUAAUAAAUAACAUAGUAUAGUUAUCAUA